GGUAGCCAGGUAGGUGAUUAAGCAAUUAUUCAUUGAGAUUCAUUGAAGGUGACAAUUAUGGCUUUUUGGACAGUUCACUGGAAAUUAGAGCGAAAAAUGGACUUUUUAACUGAUUUCCAGGGUUCACUUACACUCUCUUCUCUUUCCAUUUUCGCAUAAAAUUACAAUUAUCAAUUUAUCUCUCUCUUUCACACUAUAAUUUCUUCCAAUAAAUGUAUUUUAGAUCUAUGCAGUAAAAGGAGGAAAACCCAAAAAAAGAAAAAGGGAUAUUGUAUAUUGAAGAAAGUUGGGUUUUUUUUUUGGGUUUAUUGUUUUCUUUUUAAAUUUAUUUUCUUUGUGGCAAUUUUGGAUAUGGGUGGAUUUUCAUGGCCAUUGGAGACAGAGUUGGAUGACUUAAGGAAGGUAGUGGCUGCAAUGGCUCGAAGAACUACAGAGGAAGUUAGGGUGGUUGUUUCUCCAUACAGGAUUUGUCCUUUGGGAGCGCACAUUGAUCAUCAGGGUGGAGCUGUUUCAGCUAUGACGAUAAACAAGGGAAUUCUUCUAGCAUUUGUUCCUUCUGGAAAUCCUGAGAUGGUAUUGCGUUCUGCACAGUUUGAAGGAGAAGUAAGGUUCAGAGUUGAUGAAAGUCACCAACCUAAAAAGGCUGGAAAGGCAAAUGAAAAUAUUAAUGCCAAUGGUUCAGAGAAAUUGCAAGAGUGUUGUUGGGGAAGAUAUGCAAGAGGGGCUGUUUAUGCGCUGAAAUCUAAAGGGAACAUUCUCAAUCAGGGAAUUAUAGGGUUGAUCAGCGGUUCUUCGGGGCUUGACAGCUCUGGCCUCAGCUCUUCAGCUGCUGUUGGAGUUGCUUAUCUGUUGGCUCUGCAAAAUGCAAAUAGUAUAUCAGUAUCUCCAACAGAAAACAUUGAGUAUGAUCGGCUGAUUGAAAACGAAUAUCUUGGCUUGAACAAUGGCAUAUUGGAUCAAUCUGCAAUACUGCUUUCAAAACAGGGCUGUCUAACCUUCAUGGACUGCAAGACCAAAGAAUACAAGCUUGUAAAAUCUUCAAAUUUGAAAGAGAACACAAGUGGAGUGCAUAAAUCAUACAAGAUAUUGUUGGCAUGUUCUGGUUUGAAGCAUGCUUUGACUAGUGGCGUUGGGUAUAAUCGCCGAGUUGCUGAAUGUCGAGAGGCAGCAAGAGUUCUUCUUGAUGCUGUUGGGAAGCAUGAAUUAGAGGCUGUUCUAUCCAAUGUUGAACGAGAAGUUUAUGAAGCUCACAAGGAUAAGCUGGACCCUCUUCUUGCUCGGAGAGCAGAGCAUUACUUCUCGGAGAACAUGCGUGUAAUGAAAGGAGUUGAAGCAUGGACUUCAGGUCGGAUGGAUGAUUUCGGAAAAUUAAUUACAGCCUCUGGUCGAAGUUCAAUUCAGAAUUAUGAAUGUGGGUGCAAACCUCUGAUAGAGCUUUAUGAAGUUCUUGUGAAGGCUCCUGGUGUAUUAGGAGCCAGGUUUAGUGGCGCUGGGUUCCGAGGCUGCUGCAUUGCGUUGGUCGAUGCGGAUCUUGCAUCAGAAGCCGCUUUGUUCGUAAAAGCCGAGUACAAUAAGCUUGAGCCUGAGUUGGUUGGCAAGAUAACUCAAGAAGGAGAAGCUGCAGUUUUGAUUUGUGAAUCUGGGGAUGGUGCUCGUGUAAUUACUGCCACAUAACUUGCUACUUCUUCAUUAUCUUUUCUUUAUUACAUCCUUAUUCACUCAAUCUGCUUAUUCUUUUAUUAUUGAGUGCAUUCUAUCAAUUUACAUGUAGCUGAAUCAUAUCUUAUAUCAUUUGUUUUAAUUGUUUAGAAAA